AUGGCAAGGCACCGAGACCCUCGCUUCCUCCACAACUUAUCCCACCACCCACGAUGGCAACAGGAGUCCACACAAACGAAAAGAAAAAGAUAUAAGUGGACAGUUGUUACAGACUCAGUGGACAGUUGUUUGCACUGUCCUUUUAGAUCGUCAUCGUCAUCGUCUCCAUCAUCAUCAUCAUCAUCAUCUUUAUGUAAACAACCUUUGCCAUCAUCCCGGGUGCUGCGCUGCAGUAGCUGGUGGGGGAACUGCCUGAUACUGCCCCUGCUGAUGGUCAUCUAUCUACCCUGUGAUGCCUGGGGGACCACUUUUAAGGUGGCUAUUGUCGGCCCUUGGACAUGUGACCCCCUAUACUCCAAAGCCCUCCCUGACCUGGCUGCCCGCCUUGCUAUCAGCCGCAUCAACAAAAACCCCUACCUCAACAAAGGCUACUGGUAUGACUACACACUGGUCAAUGAGGACUGCAAGUCUUCUCGUGCACUUGCUCGCUUUGCAGAGUUGGAUGGCUACAGCGCCGCUUUCCUGGGCCCAGCUAACCCAGCUUACUGUUCCACAGCAGCUUUGUUUGCAAAAGAAUGGAAUCUGGGAAUUCUCUCAUGGGGAUGCUUGAAACCCACCAUGGAGGAAGGGGAUACGUAUUCGACCUUCUUGCGGCCAUUGCCACUGUCCUCCCGCGUGCUCUUCUCUGUUUUGCGUUACUUUCGCUGGGCCCAUGUUGCCAUUAUCUCAGACGAGGGGGAGUUGUGGGAAGCCACUGGACAGGAGCUGGCCUCCUCCUUAAGAGAUCUUGGGCUUCCAGUGAGCACUGUGGUCACAAUGGAGGCCGACAGGGAUGGUCCUCUGAGAGCUCUAGAGCAAGUACGGGAAACAGACCGGGUCAGAGUGGUUAUCAUGUGCAUGCAGUCUGUCUUGGUUGGUGGGCGGGCCCAGUACCACCUUCUGACCAAAGCCAUGGACAUGCGUAUGAUUGACAGAGGCUAUGUCUUCAUCCCCUAUGAUACCCUCCUCUACUCAUUGCCCUACAAAGAUGCCCCCUAUUACAUAUUAGGGAAUGACACCAAGCUAAGAAAAGCCUAUGAUGGAGUCCUCACCAUCACCAUGGACUCUGGGGAGCGCAAUUUCUAUGAGGCCUUCAAAGACGCACAGAAAACCUAUGAAAUCCGCAGCAGUACCCCACCAGAGCAGGUUUCUCCGUUCUUUGGCACCAUCUACAACAUGCUGUACUACACGGCCAUGGCUGCUGAGCAGGCUCGUAUGAAUGGGGGCCGCUGGGUGACUGGAGAGAUUCUCGGCAAUAGUGAAGGAGGUUUUGAAUUUGAAGGCUUCAAUCAACCUCUGCAGGCUGGAAGAAAUGGUGAAGGCAUGCAGGCACGCUAUGUGGUCCUGGACUAUAGCGGCUUGGGCACCAAUCUUUACUCAACUCAUGUUCUGGAAGCUCGCCAUACAAGUGGCAAAAUUGGGGGAUUAAAAUACCUUGGUCGUUCAAUCCACUUUGCGGGCAGUACACCCUACACUGACCCAAGCUGCUGGUUCAGCCCGCACUUUGCCUGCACUGGUGGACUGGAUUCAGUCACUCUCUUCUUUCUCUCCCUUCUGUUCUUGGCGUUGGCUAUAUGGGGAGUUUUCUUCUUCCUCCGUCUAAAAAGAAGCGGUCGGAUCGGGUUCAGUUUUGGUGGAGGUGGUGGAGGAUCAAAUAAGGUAGUCCUGACCCUGGAUGACUUGAUCUUCAUCAACACUCAAGUCAGCAAACGGAAGCUAAAUGAGGACAGCAUGAUGAAAAGCCAGGUGGACACGAAGACGCCUCGCCACUCGGUGUCUGGACGCAGCUACCUGGCCUCCACACCAGACAGUUCAAAUGUGGCUGUUUUUGAGGGCGACUGGGUGUGGUUGAAGAAAUGCUCCAGUGGAGUAGUGUCCAGUGUUAGCAGCAGUACUCAGUCAACUUUUGUGAAGCUCAGAGACAUGCGGCACGAGAACCUCAACCUCUACCUGGGACUCUUCUUUGACUCUGGGAUCUUCGGCAUUGUGACGGAACACUGCACCAGGGGCAGCUUGGAGGACCUGCUGAACAACGAGGACAUGCGCCUUGACUGGAUGUUCAAGUCGUCUUUGCUAAUGGAUCUGAUUCGGGGAAUGAAGAGCCUGCACAACCGUAACAUCAUCCACGGGAGGCUCAAAUCUCGUAACUGUGUGGUGGACGGCCGCUUUGUUCUGAAGGUGACCGAUUAUGGCUUGAACGAAAUCUUGAUCUCCCAAAACCAAAGUGUAGAGGAGGAGAGGUCCGAGGAUUUGCUGUGGACGGCCCCUGAGCUGCUUCGAAACCCAAGUCUGAAGAGGAAGGGCACUUACCACGGCGACGUCUACAGCUUCGCCAUCAUCAUGCAAGAGGUCAUCUCGCGCUGUGCUCCUUUCUGUAUGCUGGACAUGCCAACUAAAGAGAUUAUCAACAAGGUCAGAACACCUCCUCCUUUGUGUCGACCUGUCGUGUCAGUGGACGAGGCCCCACUGGAGGUGAUUCAGGUCAUGAAACAGGCAUGGUGUGAAGAGCCAGAAAAGAGACCCACGUUUGAGGAGAUCUUCAAGCAGUUCAAAAGCAUAACCAAGGGAAAGAAGACCAACAUUAUUGACUCCAUGUUGCGAAUGCUGGAGCAGUAUUCCUCUAACUUAGAGGAUUUGAUUCGCGAGAGGACAGAGGAACUGGAAGUGGAGAGACAGAAGACUGAUAAUCUGGUGGCCCAGAUGUUGCCCAGGUCUGUGGCCCAGGCGCUGAAGACGGGCAAGCCUGUGAAGCCAGAGCACUUUUCUGAUGUCACCCUGUACUUCAGUGACAUAGUGGGCUUCACCACGAUCUCAGCUCUUAGUGAACCUAUCGAGGUGGUGGACUUACUCAAUGACCUCUACUCGCUCUUUGAUGCCAUCAUCGGGCAGCAUGAUGUGUACAAGGUGGAAACUAUUGGUGAUGCCUACAUGGUAGCCUCAGGAGUCCCAAACCGCAACGGCACCCGGCACGCAGCUGAGAUGGCGAACAUGUCUCUUGACAUUCUGCAUUGUAUUGGGACAUUCAAGAUGAGACAUAUGCCUGACGUGAAAGUCAGGAUUCGUAUUGGCCUGCAUUCUGGCCCAGUUGUAGCCGGAGUAGUUGGUCUUACGAUGCCUCGUUACUGUCUGUUUGGUGACACUGUCAACACAGCAUCUCGAAUGGAGUCCACAGGACUGUCUUACAGGAUCCAUGUCAACCAGAGCACAGUUGACGUCCUCAACAGCUUGAAUCUGGGUUACAAAAUAGAUGUCAGAGGCAUGACAGAGCUGAAGGGGAAAGGGAUUGAAAACACGUAUUGGUUGGUAGGGAGGAGUGAUUUCAUAAAGCCUCUGCCCAUACCCCCGGACCUCACACCAGGUGGGAGCAAUCAUGGCCUCAGUUUGGAUGAGAUACCUGUGGACAGAAGACAAAAGUUCUUGGAUCGGCAGAAGAAAAUGGGAUAA